AUGGCAUUGGCGCUGAGGCUGAAGCUGAAGCUGAAGCUGAAACGGAUGCUGAUGCAGUCAUUGGCGCUUCAAGUUGCAGUUGGUUGGAUUCCGUGCCGGCACAUCAAUGGUCGCAAUGGCAUGCUAUUUGAAUUGAACAAGUGUCGGCGUCGAGGGUAUAUGGUAUAUAUAUUUGUGUGUGAGUGUGACGACAAUGCUCUCAAAACUCAAAAUAUUAACACUUUAACGCCAAGUUUUUUAUCCGGCUGCCGGAAGCAGACAACACAAUGCACCCACACACACCAACACACACAUACUCCAACACACUCGCAAAUAAAGUGUGGCGGCCGUUACGGUGGCAAAACGCCAUGUUGGAUUAUUCAACUCGACGCCAUUUCGCGUCACAAUGCGCGCUAUGCGCCGCCAUCAUUGCACUCGACAGCAAACGGCAGGCAGAGGCAACGGCAACGGCAGAGGCAACGGCAAAGGCAGCGGCACAGCGCGACGGAUGAAGUUGCAAUUCAAAGUCAUAAACACGUGCAGCGUGGGCGCAAAGUCGCAGCUAAGCUGCAAGCAGCCGCUGCCACUGACAUAAGCAAUAGCAACAACAGCGCUGGCACUUCCUGUGACUGCAAAACAGAAAGGGAGGGCAGCCCGACCGAGCGAGAGAGCGGGAGAGAGCUAGAGCUAGCGAGCAUUAGAUAG